GCGCGCGACCAGCAUUCGACGUUACGCCGUUUUUCUUUUUUUUUAAGUUCAUAGUGCAUGUUAGUGAGUUUUAUUGUGUUUGUGCGUUUUUUGUUUUGAAUUUGGAAUUUCCUCUUCGGUUGAUGAAUGAUUUGACAGCAUGACCCUGUCGAACAGCCGCCAGCAGUUUCUGGCUUACGAAUCUCAUGGCCCCGACGACAUACAAUAUGGCCGAAGGGGGGGCAUUUUCGUAACUACCUGCAUUUGCGUCACCUUCAUAUUGGUCGCUGUGGUGGCGGCCGUUCUGGUUGGCCUGAUAACGUACUUCAUUACGUAUUUUAAGCUCUCUAAUGCCAAACCAACAGAAUUUUGGGAUGAAGCUGAGCUCUUCACUCAAAACAGCUCACCUUCGCCAGACCUGCGUCUCCCAUCCACCAUAGUGCCAAGUUUCUACAGAUUAAAAUUAAUAACGGACUUGGAAAACUCAAACUUCAGUGGAGAAGUUCACAUAACAAUACGAGCUAGUCAGAAAGUUAAAGAAAUAAUACUUCACUCAAAGAAUCUCAGUAUUAAUGAUAAUGCUAUUCUAACUGAACAAAUAUAUGAGAAAGUUGAAACGAUACACCGAACUAAACGGCAAGUUGAAAACACAACUAUUCCCGAAACUGUUGCCGUAACAGAAACACCCAUUAAUCUGAAUGAAACAGCAACAACUUUACCACCAGAAAUCAACACUGUGCCAGCUUUAUCAGAAAAUGUAACAACUUUAAAUGUAACAGAAUCUACAACAGUCUUGCUUCCAAUAGCCGAAUAUAUUCCUAACAACGUAACAUCUGUUGAUGCUGUUGACACUCAAAUAACACAUAGUAGUGUGCGUAAUAUAAAGAUUAUCUCUAUAACACAAGCAUCCGGAGACAGAAUGAUCUUAAAAUUGGCCACGGCACUUACACCUGAUGUGGAUUACACUUUGCAGUUGUCAUUUAACGGAGCUAUUUCAAAUGCUAUGACUGGUUUUUAUAAGAGCACGUAUACAAAUAGCAUGAAUGCAGUCAAAAAAUUGGGUGUAACCCAGUUCGAACCCACUUCAGCCCGGGCAGCCUUCCCGUGCUUCGAUGAACCGGCAUUCAAAGCCAAGUUUGAGAUCAGCAUCGCCCAUCCGAAUAAUGUAUCCGUACUAUCUAACAUGAAGGUUGCUGCGCAGGAGCCAAUGCCAGAACUGCCCAAUUGGCAAUGGACACAUUUCGAGAGAUCCGUGAACAUGUCCACUUACCUUGUCGCAUACGUACUAUCCGACUUCAAUUACCUUGAGACCAGUUAUGUGAGCAAAGACAACGUUACUAAAACCAUAAAGAUAUGGACCAGGCCGGAGCUGAUACAGAAAGCGAAUUAUGCCUUGAAAAUAACCCCGAAACUGCUUAAGUACUACGAAGAAGUUUUUGGUGUGCCUUACGCUUUGGAGAAGAUAGACUUGAUCGCUAUACCCGAUUUCUCGAGCGGUGCUAUGGAGAAUUGGGGGCUGAUCACUUUCAGAGAAACGACGCUGCUAUUCGACGAGAUAGAUGGAGUUCCUCGCGACCGCCAGAACGUGGCGAUAGAUGUCGCUCACGAGCUCGCUCACCAAUGGUUCGGGAACCUCGUCACUAUGCGAUGGUGGACAGAUCUGUGGCUCAAUGAGGGGUUCGCGACUUAUAUAGAGUAUGUUGGAGUUGAUCACAUUGAGCCCGAAUGGAACAUGCUGGAAUCUCUAUCACGGGACAAAAUGGACCUCCUUCGUUCUGACGCAUUGAAAAACACCUCGCCCGUUUCCCGCCAAGUCGUUGACGCAUCGGAAAUAUCGCAGAAAUUCGAUGAAAUAUCGUACACUAAAGGAGCCAAUUUGAUCAGGAUGCUGAACCAUACGAUCAGUGAAGAGCUUUUUAGGAAAGGAUUGGUCCAUUAUCUCAAGGAAUGGCAAUACACAAACGCUGAAGAAAACGACCUAUGGCAAGCCAUGUCUACGGCUACAGCUGACCAGCCGGAGUUCAAUGACCUCUCGCUAGUAUCCUUCAUGAACACGUGGACACGACAAGCGGGGUACCCCGUACUCAAUGUGAAGAGGAACUAUGAUACUGGCGAAGUGGAGUUGAGUCAGAGGCUGUUUACAAGCACCAAAGCCCCUUAUAAGAAAAUGGUAGACCAAUUAUGGGAAAUCCCCAUAAGUUACACAUCUGUCGAUGCCCCAUUAGCAAACUGGACUACUAAACCGAGAGUGUGGCUUAAAGAUCGGUCUAAAAUAUUCUCAUUGCCGGUGGAAAAAGAUCAAGCUCUUUAUGUCAAUGUAGAUGCUGUGGGCUACUACCGCGUGAACUACGACCAGAAGAAUUGGGAGCUUUUGAGCAAAGCUUUGAAAUCUGGCGAGGUCAAGUCUCCAAUAACGAAAGCUCAGUUAAUCGAUGACGCCUUUAAUUUGGCCAAAGCUGGGCAGCUUAACUACAGUUACGCCCUGGGUUUGACCACGUGCGUGAAGAACGGUGAGAGUUCGAAGAUCGUGUGGGAUUUGCUACUGAACAAUAUGGGCUUUUUGAAGCACAAUUUGAAAGCAACGCCUGGUUACGUUUAUUUCCAGGAUUACAUGAGAAUUCUUCUAAAAACCCAGCUGUCCCGUCUGAACUACGGCCUGAACAAACCUAAGGACGAUAACGAGGCCUUCUUGAUAGAAAACCUAGUGAUGUGGGAGUGUUUCAUGGAAUCCCCACGUUGUCUCGACUGGGCCAAACAGGAGUUUGAGAAAUGGGCUAGCCAGCAAGACUUGAGCGAAAAUCCAAUCCCAAGCUACCUCCGCUCUUUAGUAUACAACAUCGCCCUAAAACACGGCACUCGCAGAGAAUUCGACAUCAUCUGGUCCGCCUUCAUGAACGCCACGGACCCCAACGUCAAGAGCUUGCUCAUCACCAGUCUGCCUUCCACCAGAGAAGAAUCUCUUAUCAGCACAUUACUAGAGAAAAGCCUAUCAGAAAUCCCCAAACAGUACGCCGUGGCCGUAUGGAGUGUCGAGUCUUCAGUCGGCACUAGAAUCGCACAAGACUUCCUCAUACAGAACUUCGAUAGAGUUUACGAGAAAUUCACGGAAAUGGACGCGUUCAUGUUCUCGAACGUUCUCAACGGCGCGUUCGGAUUCAUUUCUAGCGUCGAUGAGUUGAAUAAGCUGAAAUCGUUCGCGAUGCAACACAAAGACAAACUUCUUCCGAUGUCGCAAACGCUCCAGAAAUUGGUUGACACGGCCACUCUGCGCAUCGAUUGGAUGCAGAGACACGCGAGGGAUAUCAACCGGUGGUUCCAGGGCUACGUCACGGGUAAAAAUGAAAGCAACGAUGCCGACGUCACAACACCACCACCAAUCAGUGAAAAAGAAAAUGUUAUUACCAACACAACAUUCAGUAUUCCCGACAGUGCUGCCAACACAACGGAGCCAGUACCCAACAGCGGUGCCAACAGAACAGACGUUACCGAGAGCAGUGCCAACGUCAAUCAUAGUGUCAAUGUCACCGAAUUUAUGAAUAAUACAACAGAAAGUACAACGGAAAUUUCAACUAGUCCAUAGAGUUAAACCUUUUUUUUUAAUAUAUGUGUUUUUAAUUUUUUUAAAAAUUAUAGGUAUUUAUCAUGACAUGAAUACAAAUGCCUGCGUGUGUAAUUUUUUCAAAUACAGAAUACGGGAGUC